GCCAGGCUCCCUGUUCUCAUGCCCACAGACCCUGAUGAUCCGGGACUGGUGGAUGUGCAUGAUCAUCAGCGUCAUGUUCGAGUUCCUGGAGUACAGCCUGGAGCACCAGCUGCCCAACUUCAGCGAGUGCUGGUGGGACCACUGGAUAAUGGAUGUGCUCCUGUGCAACGGGCUGGGCAUCUACUGCGGCAUGAAGACCCUGGGCUGGCUCUCUCUGAAGACAUACAAGUGGCAAGGCCUCUGGAACAUCCCCACCUACAAGGGCAAGAUGAAGAGAAUCGCCUUCCAGUUCACACCCUACAGCUGGGUGCGCUUCGAGUGGAAGCCCGCCUCCAACCUGCGCCGGUGGCUGGGAGUCUGCGGCAUCAUCCUGGUUUUUCUCUUGGCAGAACUGAACACCUUCUACCUGAAGUUCGUGCUCUGGAUGCCCCCCGAGCACUACCUGGUUCUCCUCCGGCUCGUCUUCUUUGUGAAUGUGGGGGGCGUGGCCAUGCGGGAGAUCUAUGACUUCAUGGAUGACCCGAAGUUCCAUAAGAAGUUUGGCCAGCAGGCCUGGCUGGUAGCAGCCAUCACGGCCACGGAGUUCCUGAUCGUGGUCAAGUAUGACCCCUACACGCUGACCCUGUCGCUGCCCUUCUACGUGGCGCAGUGCUGGAUCCUGGGCACCGUGCUCAUCCUCACCUGGACCGUCUGGCGCUUCUUCCUGCGGGACAUCACCCUGCGCUACAAAGAGAUCCGGCGCCAGAAGCAGGAGAGCCGCUGCGAGGUGGACCCGGCCUCUACCGACGGCAGCGAAGGGCCUUCCCCGCUGCUGGAGGAGCAGGACAGAGACGGGGAGCUGUGAGCGGAUGGACGCCCGGCACUGCCUCCCCCAGCUGCGGACUGAAGCCCCCCCAGGGACCGGCCCCGGGGUCUGGGAGGAGCCCGGGCAGCCGGAGGUGAGGGGCAAGGUGAGCCCCUGGCACACCGACCUGGGACGCACAGGGGGCACCCUCUGGGCACAGCUGCUGGACCAGAGGGGGCGACCGGCCACUGGGGCACAGCCACCCAGGCCGGGGAAGGCUCUUUGUCCCAGCCCCGCCUCCAGUCUGGCUGGGACGGACGCCUCCUGGGACCACGGAGGGUCCGGCGGGAGCUCUGGGCUCUCCCUUGCCCUCGGGGGCCAGGGCUCCAGGUUGGAAGGAUACAGGCAUUAGGGGAGGGGUCGGCGCACAAAUAAAGACGGGAAGGAAAGA